AGAGAGAGAGAGAGAGAGGGAGAGAGAGAGAGAGAGAGAGAGAGGGAGAGAGAGCGAAAGAGAUGAAAGAGAAGGGCACACAACGAAACUCAUCUUAGAAGGGGCAACGCAGGUAAUCGCUCGAAGGAGGUAGCGACUAAGAUAACAGCGACGCAUCGAGGGAGAAAUGUUUUGUUAGUUUUUCUUAGCGAUCCGCGCGGCUAGCAUCGUGGCAGACGAGUGCCGAUCAGACUGAUCGAUUUCGCGAUACGUUUCUGUUACGGUGGUCUGAAAUUUUCAAAUCCCAAGCAACCCAUACUCGUGGCUGCUCGAACGCGACCUCGCUAUCUCGUUUGCUUAAGUGUAGAAUAGAAUAGUGCUGUACGUUUCGUUUCCAAACGCGUGUUGCGGUGUACCAUCUAGGGAAAGUUUACGAUCAUCUUCCGUCGCUGUUGCAGAUACAAGGCAUUUAAUUUGUGUUUUACGUGAUUGAUAUGGUUAGGCGCUAUUUUGCAGUUGUAUGUUAGUACGGUCGUGGCAGUAGUUGGUGGUGUGCAAGUUUGUGAAAGGUGGUGUCUCGCGCUCGUUCUUUCUAUAGUUCAAAAAGCCGCUGGUGUCGAGUAAGCUGAAAUGCAAGCAACGGUCUCGGAGGGAAAUGGUCAGGGACCCAACAGCAGUAGCAGCAGCACCGGCCACAAUCACAGCUCUUCUCCGAAACUGCCGCCACCCGGCUCGUGGGCAUCGCUGAAGGCAAACGUGAUAAGAUGGCGCGGCUCAAGGAAACUGGUACUCGUCAUCGUCGCCAUCGCACUCCUGCUCGACAAUAUGCUGCUGACCGUCGUUGUGCCAAUCAUUCCGGAGUUUCUUUACGACAUCAGACACCCGGAUGCACCGCUGGCCAGCUUUCCCAAGACUCCGCCGACCACACCGUGCGAGAAGGAGGUGACGACACCGUACAAUGGCAUCGACGUUACAACGCAAGGUUACGAUAAUGCUAGCUGGUACGCGGAACGGGAGGAACGGCACAAGGAGCUGGUGGAGGAAACGGUCGAGGUUGGGCUUAUGUUUGCCUCGAAAGCAUUCGUCCAGCUGCUGGCCAAUCCCAUCGUGGGACCGUUGACACACAAAAUAGGCUACAGCAUUCCGAUGUUUGCCGGGUUCGUCAUUAUGUUUAUCUCCACCCUGAUUUUCGCAUUCGGAAGAACGUACUCGGUACUGUUCCUGGCUCGCGCACUGCAGGGUAUCGGAUCGUCCUGUUCGUCGGUGUCCGGCAUGGGCAUGCUGGCCGAUCGCUACACGGACGACAAGGAGCGGGGGAACGCGAUGGGCAUCGCGCUCGGUGGACUGGCACUCGGUGUACUGAUCGGGCCACCGUUCGGUGGCAUCAUGUACGAGUUUGUAGGUAAAUCGGCACCGUUCUUGGUGCUGUCGGCGCUAGCCCUGGGCGAUGGGCUGCUGCAGCUGAUCAUGCUUCAGCCGUCCGUCGUGAUCGAGGAGUCGGACCCGCCGUCGCUGAAGGCGCUCGUCACCGAUCCGUACAUCAUCAUUGCGGCCGGUGCGAUCACGUUUGCGAACAUGGGCAUUGCGAUGCUGGAACCGUCGCUGCCAAUCUGGAUGAUGGACAACAUGGGUGCGAGCCGAUGGGAGCAGGGUGUCACCUUUCUGCCCGCCUCGAUCAGCUACCUGAUCGGAACGAAUCUGUUCGGUCCGCUGGGGCACCGUAUUGGCCGGUGGCUGGCGGCGCUGCUGGGACUGGUUAUUAUCGGGCUGUGCUUGCUGUGUAUUCCGAUGGCUACCUCCAUCAACCAUCUGAUUUUGCCGAAUGCGGGGCUCGGAUUCGCUAUCGGCAUGGUCGAUUCUUGCAUGAUGCCCGAACUCGGCUAUCUGGUGGACAUUCGACAUUCGGCUGUGUACGGCAGUGUGUACGCCAUCGGAGACGUUGCGUUCUGUUUGGGUUUCGCCAUCGGUCCAGCCCUAAGUGGCACCUUGGUAAACACCAUCGGCUUCGAGUGGAUGCUGGUUGGAAUUUCGAUCCUUUGCUUCGCUUACGCACCGCUGCUGACGUUCCUGCGAGCACCGCCGACCAAGGAGGAGAAGAAGGUAAGCAUCAACGGCAUCGACAAUGCUGGACUGUCGCUCGAAAGUGGACCGUGCAGUUCGUCCCAAACCAUUGAUCCGUCCUCGAUCGAAAAAUCCCCAUCGAAUGGGAAAUUGACAAACGGAACAGGGUACACGAACGGGGCCGCCGAAACGGCCGUCCAUUGUCCAUCUCCGAACGGGGGUGAACAUUUUGUCACGAAGCUGUAGGUGUUCCUUUUUCGUGUAAAAUCGUGUACUCAGGGCUUUGCCAGCUUCUCUUGCCCACCCCUACCCGGAAGCACUCUUUCUGCUGGAUCUGUACCUCCUGCAAAGGUCGUUGUAAUUUAACCUCCAUACUAGCGUGCGUACGUGAUUAUCUUCAGUAGCUCGUGGUGGUUUAGUUAUUAAUACUUUUGGUUUCCUCCUAGAUUAUGUACAUUAAUGUGUAGUUCAAUAUCGUUUGAAUUUACGGCUGCGAUGUGUGUUUAUUUGUAAGAACCAAUGGUGUCCUCUGUUUGGAACCAAAUAAAACUUUUUAUUUUUUAAAAACA